AUGGAUAUAAACCCAGUGAUACGAGUGUACUACGUCAUCGACGAGGUACUCCACAGGAGAGAUUGGGAGCGCUCUACCAAGGAUCUCUACAUCCCUCUGAAUCCCGUCAGGAACUCUGACGGCACAGACAGUCCUGAAAAAGCACCGCAUGCCGAACCCGAGUCCUCUAGCAUAGAAUGCCUUAAAAGUGAUGAAGUUAAACCCUGCAAGAAACAUCAUACUAACAUAAAGUCUUCUAAAAAGAAGGCUGAAGGGAACAAGGAGAAAGCCACCAGUGAUGAUAAGGAUUGUGACGUCACGGAACAAACGUUUUACAUCGGAGAUACAAUCGAGGAUUCAAAUUUCGAUAACACUGAACUAGAAAUUCGAAAUGAUAACAAUUUGAAAGUGGAAGAGAAGCCCGCCAAGGUUUGCAAAGCAAAAGAAGCUAAGCAGUCACUCAAUGAGUCGAUUCGGUCGAAGGAGCGGCCGAAGCCAGCCCUCAUGCCGCUAGCGGAACAUCAGCAUGCCUUUACGUUCAGCUUGGAUGAAGUCAUUGAGCGGCUGGAUACCCUGGAGCCGCUGGACCGAUCUGGAGCUUAUCACCACGGCAUAGAGUCGAGGAUUAGUGGGACCAGGUCUACUUAUCCACCGCCUUCAGUUGAGGCCGUGGGGUACGACGGCUGUGCUUGUUACCUGUCGGGCGAGGAGCGGGCGCCGGCGGGGAGUGAGGGCGGCGCGGGCGGUGCGGGGGCGCUGGGGUCGGCGCGUGGCGCGCGCGGCAUGCGAGUGACGGGGACAUACUGGCCCCGCCGUGUCGUCCUGAAUCUGGCGCUUUCUCUGAGUGAUUUAGAUCUGGAUUUGGAGGGAGGAGGAGCGGCCACCCCUUACGACGAGCUGCACCAGUAUGCCUCGCCGCAGAAGAAGGAGACCGCCAUAUAA